AUGGCUUUCGACGCGGAAAAGUUGGCUCCUGGCGAGGUGCCUGUGGAUGACGGAAAGGCAGGGAGAAGGAAGAGCUCUUUGCGUACCGGCAGCAUCGACGACGUCCGCAUCCUCGACCAACUAGGCUACAAACCCGAACUGGAUCGCAAUCGGUCCAUGUUGACGCUGUUGUUCCAAUCUCUCGCCAUUGCUGCCAUUCCAUAUGGUGAAGGCGCCCCGUUGAUCAGUGCCAUCUACGGCGGUGGUCCUCUGUCCAUCUUUGUGGGCUGGAUCAUUGUGCUCAUCCUGGACGAAUGUGUAGCGCUCUCACUGGGCGAGCUGGCCUCGAAGUAUCCCACCUCGGCUGGCCCUUACUACUGGUCUUUCCAGGUCGCAACCAAGGGGAAGACCGUGUUGUCCUUUAUCACCGGAUGGACUUGGCUGAUUGGCAACUGGACCAUUACACUCUCCGUCAAUUUCGGAUUUGCCUCGCUCAUCGCCGGGACUGUGGCCAUGUACCAUCCAGAUUGGGUGGCCAAAGACUGGCAGCUCCUACUGAUAUUCUACGCCAUUUGCUUGAUCACUCUGGUCAUUUGUACCUUCGGCAACCGAUUCCUGCCCAUGGUCGACACCAUCUGUGCGGCCUGGACGGCUCUCAGCAUCAUCGUCAUUCUAAUUGCGCUUUCAGUCAAGGCUGAUGCUGGACGACACAGUGCAGGCUACGCGCUAGGCCAUUAUGACAAGUCGUUCUCAGGCUGGGGCGGCUUCACCUUCUUCAUCGGCCUCCUGCCAGCCGCAUAUACUUUUUCGGCCAUUGGCAUGAUCUCGGCCAUGGCGGAGGAAUGCGCCAGCCCGGCAAUCAAAGUGCCCAAGGCCAUUAGUCUCUGUGUGCCAGUCGGCGGGUUUGCAGGCUUAUUCUUCGUCUUGCCAAUUUGCUUCACCCUGCCUCCGCUGGAAGAUAUUGUGCUCGCCCCCUACGGCCAGGCUCUGCCAUACAUAUUCUAUCGUGUGAUGGGCACCCCCGGCGGCGGACUGGGUCUGAUGUUCUUGAUCUUGAUGAUCACUCUCUUCUGCAGCAUCAGCAUCACCACGGCCGCCUCGCGCUGCACAUGGGCCUUUGCUCGAGACGACGCCAUCCCACUGGCUCGGCUCUGGUCGAAAGUCCACCACGGCCUCGGCGUCCCAGUCUACGCGCUCCUGCUGGUGACAGUGGUGCAGCUGCUGCUCGGCCUGAUCUAUCUGGGGUCUACGUCCGCCUUCACGGCUUUUGUUUCAGUCGGCGUCAUCGGACUGGCAGUCUCUUACGCGAUCCCAAUCGGUAUCAGUGUCUGGCAUCGUCGAAAAGAGGUCUCUACUGCGCCCUGGAACUGUGGACCGGUCAUUGGGCCCAUCGUCAACGGCAUUGCUUUGUGUUGGAUCUUGUUCGAAGUCGUCCUGUUCAGUAUGCCCACUGCCUUGCCUGUGGAUGAGGUAACCAUGAACUAUGCCAGCGUGGUCUUUGUGGGGUUCUUGGUCAUUUCGGCCGCCUGGUACGUCAUCUAUGCUCGAAAGGCAUACAAGGGACCUCCCGAGUCCGAUGGCAUUGUUGGAUAA